CCAGAUUGCCGUUCCGUCGUCGUCAGUCGCAACGGUGGUGCGUUUUUUUCCUUGGCCAGAUGCUUGUCGAUUCCUUGUUCUGCCCAUUCCCGAAACGGGGGUGACGCAUCCCUGCUCUUUUCCUCGACAACUGGCAGAACCGCCGGUGCGCAACAACGCGCUGGCUGGCUGGCUGGUGCUGCGCUGUGCCAGGUCGUGCAGGCAAUAAAUAACUGGCCUUGUCCUGCCCACCCCGUGUUUCUUGCUUUCUCUCAUCUCCAAAAUAUACCCAUCUGCUGUUUUCUUACAUCGAGUCUCUCGCUUGUUAUCACUGCUAUCUCGAUUUUUUUGACCUUAUCAUCAACAACUAAACCAAACCAAACCAACCAACCACCCACCACUACCGCCAAUAUGCGUUUCGCCGUCUCCGUCGCUGCCUUCGCCGCCGCUGUCUCCGCCCAGUCCGUCCUGCCCAUCACCCAGAUCAGCGAUGGCCAGAUCCAAGCGCCCGUCACCACCAUGAUCCCCAUCGUGUCGAGCGGAUUCGCAUCCGUGCCCGCGGCCGUGUCCUCAGCGGAGUCCAUCGUGUCCAGCUACAUGACCGCCGUCCCCACACCCGCUCUGCCCACCUCGCUGGUCUCCUCCGUCAUGUCGGGCGCCAGCUCCGCCGCCAGCUCCGCCGCCGCGGGUGUCAGCUCCGCUCUUGCCAGUGGCUCUGCCGCCGCGUCGUCCGUCGCUGCGUCCGCCAGCGGUGCUACCAGCGCUGCCGCAUCGGGAGCCAGCAGCAGCACCGCCAGCGUGCCCGAGGCCACCGGCGCCGCGACCGCCAACAUGGUGUCGUUCGGCACCUUUGCUGUUGCCAUCGCCGCUAUCUUCGCUUAAGUGCGUCGCAUUGCGUUGUCUGCAAUCUUGGCGUUUUUCUUUCUCACGGCCCCCUGCGACUUGCGAUGAGUCGGGAGGGGGCCGCCUUGUAACGACAGCUGAAGUGGUAAUGUCUGCAUGUAUUAUGGGGGGUUUUGUACAUGCUGGGUUUGGAAUGAUUGGAUGGAUGGAUUGAUGGAAUGGAUUGGAAUGGAUGAUUGGGCGGACGAUGCUCCGCUCCGCUGUUGGGCUAAUGAUGUGGGGGGUCCGUGAAAGUGCAUUUUUAUCGUGUAUACCUACCUAGAUGGCCGCUUUUCCAAUGAAUAUAUAAGCCUGCGAG